UGGCAUUUUGGAAGAAACCCGGACGAAAACAUUUACAGGUGAUUUGAAAUUAUGUGUUGGUGACAGAUGACUAUCUUAGUCGAUUCUGGUGGAAACAAAGCAUCUCCUAAAGUUGUUACAGCACGAGUUAUGAUGCUGAAGUGGUCCAGACCAGCCUCUGAAAAGGUGAAGGUUUUUGAUUGGAAAUGGAUAUUGUCUGCCGCGAGUCCAACCCUAAAGAAGCUGGGAACACCCGAGAAUCAGAGGUGACAGUUGCAGUCAUCGUAGAUUCGGCAAUCCCAGAAACUACCAAAGGCGUAAACAUGGAAACUGGAAAUAAUGUCAUAGUUGAGCCUGUCAACUCUGCAGCAAGUAUCCCAGCGACUAUCACUGAUAUUGCUCUCGAGUCUGUCACUGGAGUGGGCGAUAUUGUACAAGUUAUGGACGAGGUCACCGGGGCGGCCGUUCACACCAUCCAGGAUGUCGGUGGGAAAUUUGAGACAAUCGUUACUGGUGGUGAGGCUGGUACAUGUUUGAUUCAGAAUGUCACCGUCGAGGCUGUGGAUCCAGGAGAUAGCCCUGUGAUAAAGACGGAAACGGAGGAAUGUGUCAACAUGGUGCAUGUUGUCGAAGAGGACGGUUGUUUGAGGUCCACUCCAGUACCAAUAGAGUGCGCUGUGGAGGACGUGGACAACAUGAAGGUCCAUCAGGUUGCGAUAAAAAUUCUUAACACUGACCAGGAACUUCCCGGCAACGAAAUUACUGAUGAUGCCUGCCUGGAGCCUUCAGCCAAGCGUUUCUGCGUGGAGGCUGCAGAUGGUCAAACAUACAUGGUGGCGAUGCCAAGUCAUAUUGAUGGAGAAGCCGUCGCAGCGAUGCAAGGAACAACUUUGGCCGAACUUCAAGCCCUGCAUGAUCCAAAACAGAAUGUGGAUGUGACCCAGGCCUGGUUCACAUCGAGAGAUGAUAAAACGGCUCUGUCUAGUAAAGGACAACAGUGGAAGCAAGGUCAGUGGUCCAAAGAUGAAGUGGAGUUGCUUCAAGCCAAUAUUUCUAAUUAUUGCACGGGCCAUGGAAUAAGCGACCCAACAGAAAUCAUCUUCGAGAUGUCCAAAGACGAGAGAAAGGACUUCUAUCGCACUGUUGCGAAGGGUUUGCAACGCCCUCUAUUCUCUGUUUAUCGACGGGUGAUUCGUAUGUACGAUCAAAAGAAUCAUGUUGGCAAAUAUACACAGGAGGAGUUGAGUAAGCUGAGGGAGUUGAGGGCAAAGCAUGGUACGGAUUGGGCCACGAUUGGUACAGCGAUGGGCCGCAGUGCUUCUUCAGUCAAAGAUAGGUGUCGCCUCAUGAAGGAGACGUGCAACUCCGGGAAGUGGCUGCCGGAGGAGGAACACCGCCUGACGUCUGCUGUUUACGAACAGAGCCAGGCAAGGCCAGGCGAAAGUGUGACGCAGGGUAUAUCUUGGUCGGCCGUGGCCGAGAAGGUCCUGACACGGUCUGAGAAACAGUGCCGCACAAAGUGGCUCAAUUACCUCAACUGGAAAGAGAAAGGUGGUUCUGAAUGGACGCGCGAUGAUGAUUUCGCACUCAUAAAUAGACUGGCAAGUUCUGAAGCGACUGAUGAAACUCAGAUUGAUUGGAUUGACCUCUGUAAAGGAUGGGAAAGCGUUCGAUCCCCGCAGUGGCUUCGAGGGAAGUGGUGGUCAAUGAAGAAGCAUGUUCAAGACUACCAACUCAUGUCGUUUCAAGAUAUUGUCCAAUGUUUGAAGUUGAUGCAGGAUAACUGUCUGCGUGGAAAAUUGACUGGUAACAACCCAGCUGUUCGCCUCCGUAUGAACAGGAUGCAGAGGAUGGACAUGGUGCAUGUCCCGAUGCUUCAUGUCCCAGUUAGUGCAGUACAGGGGGAUCUUUGUGAUGCUGGAGCUUCUGCAACAAUCAUCCCGACCUCCGAGGAAGAUGUCGCCACUAGUAACCUCCAGUAUGAGAUUCUGACCCAGCAACUCACGCCAACGACCUCCGGAGCUUACCUCAUUACGCAACCCCAGAAUAACCCGGCCAUCUCGUUUACAUCGUCCAAUAUGGCAACAGAUCAUAUCAUUGUCCAUACACUGCCUACCAGCCACACUCUGGCCCAAGAUCAGCAUCCAGUGAUAGUCAGCAGCACUGGCGCGAUCCAUCCCGAUAGCAUCGACCUCCACUCGCUAACUCAGGCUGGUCACAUGGCCCACCAAGAAGAACCAGACCUGGACAGUCAGGUGGAGGUGUCUGGUCACGCAGAGAUCAUCGGUGUCAAUGAGAACUAUGAAGCACAGAAUAUCAGUGGUGUCAUCGUUGAGGAGGACAGUCGAACAGAGUUGGAUCCUCCACCAGUUGUUGAGUCGACCGAUCUCGUCCUUGUGUCGUCGUCAUCGCCGCACUAUGCCCAGUCGACCAGUAGUAACGAUGGUGAUCUCAUCCAUCUGUCCUCGCUAUCUGAUCCGAUGUUACCAACCGAUAGUGUCGACCUGAUCACGUCUGACGUUGAGGCAGAAAAAGGUCAAUCUCACGAUGUUGAGGACUCCUAGGUUUUGUUGAACAUAGUGAUACUGGACACCCUUUGGACCAAGCUGGACCAAUGAUAAUGCAUGAACCUGCCUUGCCCAGUCUGAAGUUUGUAUUCAGAACAGCAUGAUAUUUUGUUGACUUGAGACUUUGGAAUUUCUUACAUGUAAUAUUGUGAUUAUGAAAAACAAAUAAACAGUGUCUACCUAUUUAGAUGGCUGGCAGAGCUGAAAUGUAUUGAUAACCAGCAAGAAGAGUUAAAUUGCAUGUUGGAUCACUCUUUGAGAAUUAACAGUACUUCUUUCUCUGAUGUGGGGUACCAUACUCAAAUUGUAUAUUUUGUUAAUUUUGAGUAAAUCAAAUUCUAUUGUGUUGGCUAGAAGUCUUAAAUGAAGUAUAGUGUAUUUGUGAUUCUCUAAAAUAACUCCCAAACCACUGAACUGCAUUUCUGUUAUUUGUUUAAAUAAAUUU